GCUGUGGAUGCUGAGCCAGAGGCGGAGGGAGAUGGCAAGAUUGAUACCACCAAGAUUGAUGUCCCCCAUAAGAUGGUGAUGAAGCCCAUGGGGUUGGUCUUCUAUACGCCCAAGAGCUUCAGCUUUGAGUCAGGGCUGACAUCAGCACGCUUGGAGCAGCCAUCA